CGAGACUGACUUGCGAAGGAAGGGAAGCGAGCAAGAUGGACGAUUACGACGAGUUCGGGAACUACAUCGGAGCGCUGUCGGACUCCGAUGCAGGCUCGGAUGUGGGCGGCCAGGAGGAGGAGGAGGAGCAGUUGCCGCCGCUCGAAGGAAUGGGCGACGAGCCACCGCCGUUGGAAGGGUACGACGAUGACGACGACGAUGAUGAUAUGGAUGAUGGGGCUGCCGCGCGGGCGAGGCUGCAGAGGACCGAGGAACAAGGUCUGGCGCUGAUGCAGGUCGAUGAGGCACCGCAGAACGCUGUCGUUCUGCACGAGGACAAGAAGUACUACCCAUCAGCCAACGAGGUGUAUGGCGACGACGUAGAGACCAUGGUGCAGGAGGAGGAUGCGCAGCCGCUGACGCAACCGAUUGUCGAGCCGGUCAAGAUCCGCAAAUUUGCCAUAGAGGAGAAGGACUUGCCCGAAACAAGGUUCGAGCGUGCAUUCAUGAUGAAUCUCAUGAGCUUUCCCGACAUGGUUCGCAACGUCGCUGUCGUCGGUCAUCUACACCACGGCAAAACAUCUUUGAUGGACAUGCUUGUCCUCGAGACGCACAAAAUGGAGGAAGACGUAGAUAGGAGCAUGCGUUACACCGACACGCACAUUCUGGAGAGGAGUAGAAGGAUCUCCAUCAAGUCCUCGCCCCUCUCGCUCGUACUGUCGAAUACCAGGUCAAAGUCUUACCUCGUCAACCUCAUCGAUACCCCUGGCCACCCAAACUUUCAAGACGAGGUAGCGGCGGGCGUCAGGGUGGCUGAUGGCAUCAUUCUCGUCGUUGAUGUCAUUGAGGGCGUAAUGGUGGGCACAGAGGCCGUCAUCAAGCAUGCCAUCCGAGAGGGACUCCCCAUCGUACUGGUCCUCAACAAGAUCGACCGGCUCAUUCUGGAGCUCCGCUUGCCACCUCAGGAAGCCUACUUCAAGAUCCGCCAUGCCAUCGACGAAGUCAACAAUGUCAUUGCCUCGCAUGAUACUGAUCCCGCGCGGAAGCUCGGACCCGAAAGGGGCAAUGUUGCUUUUGCCUCGACACAAGCUGGCUGGUGCUUCACCUUGCGAUCCUUUGCACAAAUGUAUGCCGACACCUACGGAGGCAUUGACGUCGAGGAAUUCGCCAAGCGUCUCUGGGGUAAUAUCUACUACAGCCCAGAGUCGCGCAACUUCUCUAGAAAGGCCCCCGACCCAGAAGCCAAGCGAUCCUUUGUCCACUUCAUCCUCGAGCCACUCUACAAGCUCUAUACGCAGGUCCUUUCGAGCGACACAGACAGCCUCCGGGCAACACUUUCCUCUCUUGGUAUCCACCUUAGACCAGCUGUUUUCAAAAUCGACGUCCGGCCACUCCUCAAACUUGUUCUGCGUCACUUCUUCGGCGAAAGCACUGGCCUCGUCGACAUAAUCGUCGACAAUGUCCCCUCACCCAAGGAAGGUGCUGCCAAAAAGAUAGACCGCAUCUGGACCGGUCCCAAGGCUGGAAGCUUGUACGAGUCGAUGAGGGCAUGCGACGCAGACGGGCCCCUGGUGGUUGGCGUCUCCAAGCUGCUGCAGACAACGGACGCACUCGAAUUCAGGGCGUUGGGUCGGGUACUCAGUGGAACUGUCAAGGUGGGCGAUCGUGUCAGGGUGCUUGGCGAAGGAUUCUCGCAAGACGACGACGAAGACUCAGUCAUGGCGACUGUCGAAGGCGUGUGGGUACACGAGAGUCGCUACUCGGUCGAGUCAGAGGGCAUUCCGGCAGGGUGCUGGGCAUCGUUGAGCGGGGUCGACGCAAACAUCACAAAGACUGGUACCGUCGUCGCAUCCUCCAUUGACCCGGAGGAUCUGCACAUCAUCGCGCCACUGUCCCACAUGACGCAGUCAGUGCUCAAGGUGGCUGUCGAGCCGCUGGUGCCGUCUGAGCUGCCAAAGAUGCUCGAAGGCCUGCGAAAGAUCAACAAGAGCUACCCACUCGCGGUGACAAAGGUCGAGGAGAGUGGUGAGCACAUCAUCUUGGGCACCGGCGAGCUGUACCUCGACUGCGUCAUGCAUGACCUGCGGAAGCUCUUCGGCGAAAUUGAGAUCAAGAUCAGCAACCCCGUCGUGCGCUUUGCAGAGACAGUCGUCGAGACGAGCGCUGUCAAGUGCUAUGCUCAAACGCCCAACCGAAAGAAUAAGAUCACGAUCAUCGCCGAGCCACUCGAGAAGGGCAUCGCAGAGGACAUCGAAUCAGGACGGGUGAACAUCCAUAUGCCACCUAGAGAACUUGGCAAGCAUUUCCAGGAGAGGUACGGCUGGGAUCUCCUCGCCUCGAGGUCCAUCUGGGCCUUUGGACCUGACGAUGGUGGGCCAAACAUCCUCGUCGACGAUACGUUGCCGUCCGAGGUCGACAAGAAGCUCCUGUACACGGUCCGUGAGAGCAUCAAGCAAGGGUUCCAGUGGGGCACGCGAGAAGGUCCUCUGGCAGAUGAGCCGGUGCGCAAUGUCAAGUUCCGCAUCCUUGACGCUCAGCUCGCCGAUCAGCCAAUCGCCCGUGGUGGUGGUCAACUGAUCCCAACUGCUAGGCGGACAUGCUAUGCGGCGAUGCUGCUUGCUACGCCGAGAUUGAUGGAGCCCAUCUACUUUGUCGAGGUGCAAGCGCCCGCCGACUGCGUCUCGGCCGUCUACACCGUCUUGGCGAGACGACGAGGCCAUGUGACGCAAGACGUUCCCAAAGCCGGCAGCCCUCUCUUCACCGUUCGUGCAUUUAUUCCCGUUCUCGACGCAAACGGCUUUGAGACGGAUCUUCGGACGCACACGCAGGGGCAGGCCUUUUGCCUGCAGGUCUUCAGCCACUAUGCCGUUGUGCCUGGCGACCCACUGGACAAGGACAUCAAGCUUCGCCCGCUCGAGCCCGCGCCUGCUCUGGGGCUGGCGAGAGAUGUCACGCUCAAGACGCGGCGUAGAAAGGGUCUGGCGGACCAAAUUGCCAUUUCUUCCUAUCUCGACUCGGAGCUGGCUGUGGCUCUUGCGGCAAGCGGCUUUGAGCUGAGCUAGAAUCAUGCCGUCUGCCGGCUCGCUCACUCCCUCCACUCUCCCUACGCGCUCACUGAUGUUGUAACACUACCAAAAUGACAAUCUCGAUGUCCUUUCUUUCUAUUCAUGUCGCUCUUUGGACUUUCUUUCAUUUUGGACAACCCAGCCGAGACAUUUCAUUCACCGUCCCGGUCCGUCCGCCACUUUUCUUACUGCUUCCCGAUCCGAUUCCGCCUCACGUCCGCGGCCACCCACACACCUUGUGUGCAAAAUGCAUGGCAUCACAACCUGU